GUAUUCGCUGCGGAGCCACUGUUCCUGGUGGAAUAUAUUCAGACCUAGAGAGAGCCAAAGUCUUGGAAUCAGUUUUGUACCGUUACAACGAUGUACAGUACAGAUGGGUCGCCAAUGACUCCUGGAUCUAUGAGACUUAUUUUGAUGUCUCCCGGACACUUUUGGGAUCGAAGCAGAAGUUCCUGGUGUUCCACGGCCUACACACAGUCGCUAAAAUAUACUUGAACAAAGUCCUGAUCGGGUCCACUGACAAUAUGUUUGUUCGGUACCGUAUCGAUGUAAAAGAUCAGCUGAAGGAAAACAACAAGCUGGAAAUAUUCUUCGAAUCUCCAAUUAAGGCUGCAAAGGCGGCCCAUAUGAAGUCGAAGUACCCUAUAAAGCCGACGUGCCCGCCUCCGACGUACAACGGAGAGUGUCACGCAAACAUGUUGCGCAUGAAGCAAGACUCAUUCGGCUGGGACUGGGGCCCAGCCAUACCUUCCCUUGGAAUAUGGAAGAGCAUCGACCUGGAACUUCACAAUUCAGCAGUCAUAAGGGAGGUCACGACGCAUCUUGAUAGAGAAAAAUCGAGGAAUUUUUGGUCUCUGAAAGUUCAGAUCUUUUUGGAGUCGAGUCUAAAAGUCACUGGGCAAUUAUCUGCUGUAUUAUACACCAAGAGCAAGAGCAUCAAUAAGACCGUUAACUGGGAGAAUGAAGGAUACGCAAAUACGACCAUUGAAUUGGAAGUACCAUACGUGAGUAGUUCUUAACUCUUAGCAUUGCUG